AUAAACGAUCCAUGCGUAUACCAUGUAACCUCACGGGCACAGCAUUGACCAUGUAGUCUGUGUUUCAGAAGUUCAUAGCAUUUUAGAAAAAAAAUGAAAUCAGUGAAUUCGAGGAGCAGUCACUUCAUUUUCUCAAUAAAAGAUACACACACAUUGGUUUUUUUCUCAUUUGUGAUUAAUCUAUUUGGUAUUUCGUAUGGAAUUUGAAUUAUGAGAAAACAUAAAACAAUAUUCUGGCACUUGCUGAGGGGCUGAGUCACUGCGAUCCAAAUAAAGGGGAAUUUCAUGACGUCAUUGCAUUAGGAGCGUCGCUCCGGCUCCGUACGUACGUAUAUCAAUGUACAUACGGUCUCGUGACCAUUACUAACUUCGCCAUGUUAUGGAAAUGGUGGUAGUGGCUGCUACACGUCAUUCUCCGAGAAUAAAACAUCUCGUCAUUUUCAACCAACGUGAUUCCUCCUCGCUUAUAAUUCAUCAACAGCGGGACAUUUGAUUCUUAUGGUCUUAUCCAGAUAGUGGGCUCCACAAUGAGUGAUGAUAAACCAUUUGCUUGUAGAGUGCCUGGAUGUAAUCAGAAAUUUGUAAAUGAAGAUCACUUAGCAGUACAUCGCAGGAAACAUGAUGCUAACCUAUGCUUUUCAGACUUCAAGUCACUGGAUACCCCUGUUAUUGCGGAUCAAACCCCAACUCCUACAAGAUUCUUGAAGAAUCUAGCCGGUGAAGAAGGUUUGUUUAGCGAUCUCCAUCCGAACCCUUUUGAUGCAGAGUUUAGGAAAGCCAGCUCAAAGCUAGUAUCAAAUGACACUGAUGGCGGUGCAGAAACUCCAAGUGAUGUGUCAAAACCCCUCAUUACCCUUGAUGAUGGGGAUUCUCAGGAAGUCUCAGGGAUCACAGAGGAUAUCCUACUCAAUUCAGAAAUCAAAUCAGAAGGGGGUGUACCCAAAACUGUAGGUGAUAUCAGAGAUAGUCCUGAGUUGAAGGUAGAACGUCAACCCCAGGGACCUACUACAGUGGUGGUUGUCUCCCAGCCAGCUCAGCCCCAGACCAUUCACCUUCAAGGUGUCAGUGACCAACUAUCCCUGAAUGGAAUCCCUAUCAAUGGACCCAUCAUGAUCAAGCUACCCACAGGCCAAACCAUUCCUGUCUUGCCUCCAUCAGUCACCAACCCUCAAGUGCCUAUACCUACAGCGGUGUCUGCCAACCCUAACAAAGAGCAGGACUCUCUCGGAAACAACAUCGACAUUAAGCCCGCACCAAACAACUCAGUCAAAAUGAAAUUGAAGAGCACAUUACUCUCUAACCAAUCCCAAGGUAAUAUGAAUGUGAUGGCGCAGGCUGUUGAUGUGGUUACCAAGCAACAAGAGGUCAAGUUACUUCAUACUGCAUCAGCAAGUCACCUAGAGUCUUCUUCACUAAAAAGACAGCAUCCCACUGAAGAGGAUGAUUGUGAGAUAAAACGACAGAGGUUUCUAGAGAGGAAUCGAGCUGCAGCUAGUCGGUGUCGAAAUAAACGGAAACAGUGGAUAAGUGAUCUAGAAAUCAGAGCAGAGGAACUCACACAAACAAAUUCUGUUCUCAAUAAUGAAGUUGGCAAGUUGAGGAACGAGGUGGCACACUUGAAGGAACUCUUGUUAGCACACAAAGAUUGUCCUGUUACAUUGCAGCAAAGGGCAGCAGGGUUAUUUAUGAGAGUUGGUGAUGUAUCGGUGCAAGAACAAGAUUCAUCAGGGACCAUCACCAUAACAACCACUACCCUUUCAUGAGAUUGAGUUUGACCUCUAUUCAUUCAUCAAUACGGAGGUCAAAGGUCAUAUGAUGGUAGUCGAUCCCAUUUUAGAAAAUUCUCAAUGGAACCAUCGGGCAGCAUUGGCAGUAGAUCAUCAAACGUAAUUUCCAAUCAACUCUUUCAGCAAGCAAUCAAACUCCUAAAUGUCACAAUGAUAUAGGUAUGCAGAUUGUUGAGCAUAUCAAUGUGUGUGUAAGAGAUGUUAUCUGUGGUAGCCCAAAUUGUUUUGUCUCCAGUUGCCAGAAGGGUGCCAGAUGCUUGUUUCUCUGCCAAUCGAUCCAUCCUUAUGAACAUACAGAAGAGAUAUCUCAAGAACAAAUGAACAGAUUGUCAGGAAACUUAAAAGAGUCAGAUACAAUAUGGAUGUCCCAUAGGCUAAUUAAUAUUUUGCUGCCACGAGGUGCAUGUUGUCACUUGUGAACAGAUUGUCAAUAUGAUAUCCUACACCCAAAGCUCUGAUUUUGAAGAACAUCAUAGCGCAGUCCAAUAAUGGUUUCCUACAAUAGUAUAAGAUUUUAAGGUAAUGAGGUAAAAGAUUAAAGGGUCACUGGUUACCUGUUGAAAUGGUCUGUAAACAAGAUAGCAAUAGAACCAGUAGAACAAUAUUUACUUUAGGUAGGUCUGAUGUAGAUGGCUACUUUGUGAGAUAGAGGAUAGAUGGUCAAUUUCACAGACUGAAUUGAAUCUAUCUAAUAUUAACCUUUUUUCUUCUGUAAACUAUGGAUUGUUUAUAGAUCAACUUCAUAUUGGACCCAUGUAAAUGUAUGAUGAGGGUAGUUAAUAUGAAGAAAGCAUUAAAAUAGCUAUCGAGGUCAAAUGUCACAUGUAUGUGUGGAAGGUAUUUUGUAUACCUGGCUACAACAAUUUCGACUGUAAACAAGUUUAAAUGUAAAAGUGUGUAGGCACCUUCAAGCAGUUCUCUAUGAUUCUGUAAUUUUAGUUUAAAGUAUACUGAAUUAGUUUAAAGUAUACUUCUCCUUUCAUUGAAGACAUCUUGAUUUAAUUACAGUUACAAACUUGAAGAUGCUCACUUAAUAAUUGGUUAUUGAUUAAUAUCAUUAAAAAAUCACCAUUUCAAAGCGAUUACAAUUUGCUUUAUUUUUCUAACAAUUUUAAUGGAUAAAUGUCUAACAGUAGCUUAAAAUGCAUCUGAAGAACGAGCUUACAAAAUGGUUCCAGAAAGUGAUGUGUCCUUUGGGAGCUCUAAUUUUGAUUUUCAAUCAGGAAAUAUUCAAAACUGUGAACAAAUUACUUGAAUGUCACAAUAUAAAUAAAUGUAGUUGGACUAUCUACAAUUUGUAUGACCUGACCACUUAUAGACCUGAUGAGUGAAAACACCAUGGCGCCUUAUUUGAAUCACACUUAUUGAAAUAUGAACUCUUCUAGGUAUGAAGAUUUUUUUACUUGAGCACAGGUGUUUUGUUUGCCUUUAUUUUUUUGCAUUUGAAGAUGAAUAUUAGAUGUGUGUUUUCAUUUCACCAUGAUAUCUAAUUCAGUUUCAAGAACAUUAGAGCUCAUUUCCAGUUUCCGUAGGACUUAUAUAACUGUUUUGUUGUUGUUGGCAGUUUCAGUUCCUGCUAGGCAGUGGUGAGCCAAAGGCAUAACUAUGGUGCUUUGGAAAUCUCUGAUAAACAUGGAACCAAUGAGAGGCAAUGUUUAUUACAUAAAUGCCUUUCAUACCACCUGCAGAUACUGUUAAUGUAAAGCCAACGAAAGUUGUAUAAUGGCACCUGCAUGAAAAAUUAUCACAUAGCAAUGAAUCGGCUAGCAGUUUUCAUAUCAAUAAUAAUAAUAAUUACUAUCAUUAACUCAGAAUGACUGGAAAUGAAGAUAUGGUAUAUCAGAUUAGAUCAUUAGAUUACACAUGUUUAUUUAUAUGUUAGCAAGACAGUACUUCAUCGGUUUCAUAUGACUUUUUUUGUGUGUGUUACCAAAACUGGAAAUGAGCUUUAAAAAUUCAACUGCCAUUCCAAAUUUCAGGAAAGAUUGUAGACUGUAUGAUCUGUACACUUCAAAGCAGCCUAAUUCCUAAAGCAGACUAUUGUUUGUAGAUGUUUUACCUUCUGUGGUCCAUUUGAUAAUGCUUUAUGAUUGUAAAUGUUAUCAUGGUAACAUCCAUGAAAUCUUGAAAUUGAUUGGCUGCCAAGCCAUUACCAUGGUAAUAACCAAAUAUUAAGUCAUUUACUAAAUGGAACACAAAGUGUUGAUGCUAGCACCAUCAUAAAUAUCAUUCAUUCAGUAAAAUUUUUAAUGUGGGUUAGUUCAGAUGUACUAUUGUUUAUUGUAACUGUCAUUGAAUGAUGAUGCCCUUUAAUUCUCUGUAACUCCCCAUAAUUCAGAAAAAAGGAAAAUCAAUACUGUAAUCUCAUUUAGUUCAAAAUAGCGAAUACACAUCUUGGGAGAAAAUCUAACAUUUUUUUAAGCUGUCAGAAGUAUUUUUAAAAUCAUAAUUUGAGUUUUAGAAUUGAAGUUUGAAAUAAUGCAGAUUUUAAUUUUUUUAAUUUUUGGAGUGGGGGAGACUCUAAAGUGUAUCUCCCAAAAAAGUUUUUUUUUUUUUUCAUUUGGCAUUCUGAAACAAGAUUGAAUAGGCUGCUUUCAAGUUUAUGGUCCAAUGAUUUCAAUACGGUGCACUAAAACCAUAUUUACUACAUUUAUGUUGCUGAGUAGAUACAGUAUGUCAUUUUGAUUUAUUUAUUUAUUCAUUGUUUCUUAAUUUCUUCUUUCAUUACAAAAGACUUCUUAUGCAUCUGUAUAUAUUGCUUUGUAUGUUCUUUCACGGUGUACUAUAUGUAAAUAUUCAUGUAUAUAAUUGUAUAUUGCAAAGCUUGUAUUUUAUCACUCUUAUUCCUGUACAGUAGAUUAUACAGUUGUAAUUUACAUCAUUGCAUUUAUAUCAUUAUUAUUUCAUAGCAAUGAAUUGAUCAUUUUACUCUGUAAUGUUACUUUUUAAGGGUAUAUUUGAAAGGACUUUGAGACACAAUCAUACAGAAUUGCCACAACUUGCUAAUAUUUUUUUUAAAAUUUAUGUAGAAAAGUGGAUGUUUUAUUUGGAAUGAUACGAUUUUUGUAUUUUCAAAUUAUUUCUCAUUAAGCCCGAUAUCUUUACAGUGUACAUGUACAGUGUAUUACUUUUCCAUUUCAACUAGAUAUCAUCUGAAUUAUAUUUGGUAUUCACCUAACAGUGAUUGUCAUUUUGUUGGUGCACAGACAGGUCUUUCACAUGAAUUUAUGUCUCUUUUUCUUAAUGUACCUCCUGAUGCUUUUUAUGUCUACAAGCUUUUUUCUUAAAUUCUAAUGAGCUCAUUAGAUUUGCAACAAUAACUGUUUUUUUUUAAGAGUGAAUUUUGCAUUGAGAUCAUGCUUAGUGGAUGCAAAUUAGUUUUGUCAUCAAUGAAAUUACGCUUUAAUAGCUAUACAGGUGGAUCUGCCUAUUCCUGUUAAAUCACUUGGGACAAAAUAUACUCUUUUACUUAGGAGAAAUUCAAUUAAGAAGAAUAAAAAUGUAAUAUUGUUAUAACAAAUGUUAUUUGCAUAAUCUGUGCCCUAUAACAUAAUCACUAUUAUGAAAUAGCCUAUCAAGAAUAUUGUUGCAUCCACAGUUUGUUCAGACUAGCUAGGAACCAAUCAGAAUUGCUCUUUCAAAGUAGAGAUUUAUCGCUAACUAUUGUGUUACAGGGCCCAGGUAUGUGUUUCAUAAAGGUGUUGUAUUUUACAAGCGAUUUUACACACAUUUAAUGACCCUUUCUUGGGAGUAUAAACACUGUUGGAACUUUGAUAAGGUUAUGUGUAACUAAAGAAGAGCUUUAUGGACUGGACCCCACUGGUCUGUAAAAUUUCUUUGAUGAAGGUCAGAAUGCAUCUGUCAAUGUCCCAAAAUAUCUUGAACUGAAUGGAGUGAAGUUGCAUUUUCAUAAAGUCAUUGAAAAAUGAAAUAUAUCGUGACAGAAUACAUUAGAAGCCUUGUGUGACAAUUUAUCCCUCAUUUCCAUACCAACCAGGAUGUGCAUGUGUAAGAAUAGAUGAAAAAUUAAAAUGCCAUUUUAUUUUGAUGAAAUUUCCAUAGCUAUAAGCAGACUAAAAUUGACAGUAGUGAAGUCCAUUUGUAUAAAUUCAACCCCUCAAGUUGGCAUUUUGUAUGAAAUACAUCUGCUUUAAAAUAUUCAACCUAACAAAAUAUUA